UUUGUUUUGGUUUAAACAUACUUGAUGUUACAAACUAUUGGUCCAAGAAAAACAAUAAGAUUUUGUUUAAUUAAGAUAAUAAUGGCUUUGGGGUUGACUGAAAGUAUUAGUGGUUUCAGUGGACCUAUUGCUGAAGAAAUGCUACCAUCUUUACAGUCCAUGGGAUGGUCUCAUAAUGACAGUUUAUUUAACUGUCAGGAUAUGUUUUGUAAUUUAUUUGAUGAAAUCGGGCCACCUCCUGAUUGGCUUCCACCACCACCACCAUUACCACCUCACCUUCUCCAACUAUUGAAUGAAAAUCAUUCUCUGAUUGAUGAGCGAACAAAUGAUUGUAACUUCUGUCAUAUCUUCAGUAGCCCAAUGGACUCCGAGCUUGUUGUUCCUAAACCAGAAUUCAAACCCAAUGAUUCUUGGUUUUCUUUAUUGCUUGGCUCUAUUAUUGGAUCAACGAUCCUGUGCAUUAUUUUGCUUUUCAUCCUUUUCAAAUUCAGAAAGCGGAAGCUAUUUCCUUCUUCAGUUUGUGGAUUUGAUUCUUGUCCUAUUUUUCCGGAAAGUAUGAUGAGAGGGAUAAAGACUUCUCCACCACCCUGUGCGCCGUCAGAUAAUUACAUUUCACCUGUUGUAAAUGAAAAGUCACCACAAAGUGUGAUAACUAAUUGUCCAACAAACACUUCAAUCUCAAGUAAAUAUUGGAGACGGAGUGAUGAAAAUCGAGAAUCUCGAGUUGGAAGCAGAAACUCAAGAGAAGCUGAUAUGGAAGACUAUACUAAUAUACCAGGCGAAGGUAGCUGUACUUCUAGUCCUGUCUACGCUGAACUAGACGCAGCUGGAGUAAAUAUUAGCCAUUCUCAGAUCCCAAGUUCGCUUUUAUUGAAUGGUCCAUCACCAUAUGUUGUUCAUACUUACUCUGAAGUUGCCGAUGCAAUGAGAAUGGCAGCUCUUGGUUCAUCAACUGCUCUACUUCCUGAUACAUCAUAUGACAAUGUAGCAUAUUUACCAACAUCAAAUAGUGACCAUUAUCAAGGAAGAUCAUUGAGAAGGCAACGGUCCGGGUUAGGACACCUUGGAACUGCAGCUCCAUUGCUGUCUGCUCAUCAACAGAUGAUUCCUGGCUCACAAAUGAACUUCGCAUCCAGUGGUCGACCUCAUAAAAAACCGAGACCAGUUUAUUCUCAUCGUACAUCCAGAAUUAAUGUUAGCAACCACCAACUACAACAAACAACAACCAGAAAUUGAUCCUCGUUUCAUGAGCGCUCGACGUUCUGAAGCUGUAUAUGCUGAUUUUCCUCUCGAUACGCCAUCUUUAUCAUCUUUUCGAGUCCCUUACUCUGCUAACUAUAGAGAGAACCCUAAACGACCUUUACCCGCAGUUCCAGGUGUUCGACUUUGAACGAGUUCAUCUCAUCAAUUAUUACCAACUACUAAUCAACUACUACUUAUUUUAACCAUUAAUCACCAAAAACAUUUAUUUAUUAUGCUUUCUUCCCAAAUCCCUAGCUUCCAAAAUCGAACGCAAUAAUUUAUUUAUUAUUUUUGUAAAUAUCUGUAAAAUAAUUUGAAAUCAUAAACAAUGGUCUAUUCGAAUCUAAUUGUGUAUCGGACUUUAGAUUAGCAAAAUUUUAAAAAAAUUACUUUAAAAAUGGUUUAUUAAUCCACAGAUAAAAAAUUUUAAUGUUAUUUCAAUUUUUUAUUAAACCUGUACCUAAAUUAUAGCCGUAA